AUCGAAUCCAUCCUCCACUCGAUUGCAAGCAGGAUGGUAUACGCAUUUCCAGACAAUGAGCUCUGGAUGGACUUCAAAGAGCCCGAGCACGCUCAUAUGGCCGUGCAGCUGCUCAAUGAAAUGGCCGGCAUCGACGCUACACUGGUCUACAAUGUGCGCUUCAAAGCAUCGACACAGAUCGUGGAUCUGAUAUAUAUGAGGCUGGAGCGACUUCCCAGUCUCAUUGACGGGUUCUACUAGGUGUGGGAGCAAUCGUCGUCCAGCGGCCACAUCCUUCGCAUGUUCGGAGACAGGAUCAAUAUGAUCAACUUCGUCAAAGAACGCGCAAAGGAAAUUUUCACCGGAACCACAGUCAGCCUCGAUCCCGAAAAGAAGUCCCUCGUCAGGCACGAAAUCUGGCAUGUGGGUUUCUUGUCGCCGGACGUCGAGGACCUACUGCCACAGCACGUCAAGGAUGACAAUUCAAGUCUUCUUGUUUUUGAUCUGAUGCAAGAGCGUCUUUUACUAUACGCCGACGACGAUAGACUGAAUGAAAGUUAUCCGCCCAUAAUUGCAGACGUUGUUGCGAAGCUUGACGCAAUGCAGCCUGCGCGGACGAUUGCGCUCAGUGCUUCCACCUGGGCAGCUGUACAAGCACACGAUCUCCGGAAGGCAGCACAAGCGGUUCUUGGCCGUGGCAACUUCGUCCUCGAUGAAGCUUCGACUGCGUUGAUUGUCAGAUGUCCUCCUCGAACGGAACAGCUUCUUCAGCACGAGCUCAGCUCACCACAUCCAUCCAUCUCCAGAGCACAGGCACACUUUCGAUGUCACGCGUGUGGGAAAGUUGCUCGAGGUGUCAUACUCACCUUCUGCGAGCAUGUCGUCUGCUUUUCCUGCUUUGACAAACGGAUGUGGCACGUUCUCGCCGACCCCUUAGGGAAGCACUUCCCUCUGAGAUGCGGAAUAGCCAGCUGUGGCGAACGGAUAGCGGUGUCGGAUAUUCGCAAACUCGUAUCAGCGGAAAGGCUGCAAGCUCUCUUCGAACUAUCUGUUGAUCAGCACACGCUGUCACUCCCCGAAACCUAUCGGUCAUGUCGUGAAAAGAAAUGUCAGUCAGUGUACCUUGUUACAGAAACUGCUGCGUUGUACACGUGCGUGUUGUGCUUCACACAGACGUGCACAUACAAACACUGUGGGAAGGCGCCUCACGUAGGAUGGGAUUGCAAGUUGGAAAAGUCAAUGAACGUCGUAAUGAAAUGUCCCGUCUGCAAGGCAAACGUGAUCAACCCCGAGGCACGCACCCACAUCAGAUGUCAUAAAUGCCUGCAGCAUAUCUGCUGUGAGUGCGUGACAAGGUUUGAGUCUCUGGAAGAGUAUGUCGAACACCAGUACCUGGCGGGGUGCAAGCAGGGUCCGUAGAAGAUGGAUUGAGUCUAUUGCUGGGUAUCUGCUUCUCAUUCUCCUGGCAUGUCUCCUAGCGUGUCUUCCUCUGGUAGAUGACUGUUUGCUGUAUGGUAACCCAUGCUUGCGCGACGU